CAGACGCUGAAAGAGCAGCGCGGAAACACAGCGGACUACUUUACUCUGCUUUAUCCACCGGAUUUACUCAAAUUCUACUGGGAUUAAACUGAAUUAUACAUACAAUACCUCAUAAAAAAGGUGCCAACCAUCUUCAUCCAACGUGGUCCUGACCUUUAAUGCCAGCUCCAAGUACGCCAUGGUAACACACAGCAAACCCGCAAUGAGCAGCUGCACCCUGGACGCCAACAUGCGGCUCGCUCCCCACCGUUACAAGACCUUCAGCUCCAAGCUGCAGUACCAGCUGGUCCAGGGCACGGUCCUGAAGCUGCAGGAGAGCGGCUUCUACUGGUCGUCCAUCAGCGGCAAGGAGGCCAACCGCAUGCUGGCGUCAGAGCCCAACGGCACCUUCCUGAUCCGCGACAGCUCCGACAAUCGCCACUUCUUCACGCUCAGCGUCAAGACCGAGUCCGGCACCAAGAACCUGCGGGUGCAGUGCGACAACAGGUCGUUUUUCCUGCAGACGGACGCGAAGAGCUCGCAGGCGGUGCCUCGCUUCGACUGCGUUCUCAAGCUCGUGCACCACUACAUGUCUUCGGCGAGGGCAGCCGCUUCUAUGGGCAACGUCCGCAGCGCCUACUACAUCUACUCCGGGCGGGAGAAGAUCCCGUUGGAGCUGCUGAGGCCGUACCCGUGCACCAUGUCUUCUUUGAAGCACUUGUGCAGGAAGACGGUCAACGGACACUUGGACAUUUCCAGUACGAGAGAGCAGCUGCCUCAAUCUCUCAAGGACUUUCUUCAGGAAUACGACGCUCCUAUUUAGGAGGAAUUGAUUCGGUUUGAGCACACUUGGCGUUAAAAGUAAGGGUAGAGCUAGCUCUGAUAGCUCCCGCGGGCUCCUGCAAGAUCUUCCAUUUCAAUGGCGACUGUUAGGAGAUUGAGAUGGGACUUGAAGGAGCGGAAAGCUCCAAGAAGAAAGUUUCGAGAGGCGUUCAAGAAACCAACAGUGCUGCUAAUUGGGCACCUCUUCCACGAUGGUUGUCCAACCUUGGGGCGACGGGAGAGGUCACCUCCAAUGAACAUUCCCAAACGUUCCCUUUAUUUGCACAAGAAGUACGUACGUAGUUCUCAUCCCAACAGUGGGCCUACUACUCUCUAUCAAAGACUGUCUCUUUCAAGACGACAAAAGCAUAGCUACUGCUCUUCGUACACCAGCCUUCAAUACACUCUUCGAUCCAGACUUUCCACUGGGAACUUCUUGGGAACUUUGGGAACUGCCAGCCUAAAAACCCAAAGUUCCCUUUCUAGUUGAACAAGCAAGGCAGCUGUUUACUACUACUCUAUUUACUCUACACCCUUUUUUCGCCACAGGAACUGGUAACAUGAUCCAACAACACCCAACAACACCAAGCCCACUUGGGUACCAGCCUCCAGAGCAGGUCCUCGCUGCCCCCAAACCAACACAACCCAACAUAUCCCAACAUAACCCAAAGUUACCCAACAUAACUCACUCCAGCAUGCCUGUGCUGGCUUACCGAGCAGGGAGCGGGUCCAGCAUUUAGCGGAAACACAACCACCGCCUUCUUCCAAGUAAAUAUUUGUGCCUUUCAUGGAAAAAGGAAGGACUGAGUAACAGCAGUCGGGCUGAGAAGGUUAUGGGAAGUGACAUUUACACUUCUGGGGAAAGUGAGGCAGCAGAAACACAGGCUUUUUACGAGAAGACAAAACAUGUGAAAAGAAAUUGUGAAAAGAGUGAUCGUUUUAUGAUCAGUGUUCCUUUUUUGUUGUUUGUUUUUCAUUUCUGAACCUGUUUUUGAUCAAAAUCCUGACUGGAGAAGCUGAAGUUAGACAGUGAACAUCUGUAUGAAGAGUGUAAACAUGUAUAAACAGUAUGUUUGGGUUUUUGUUAGCACUGAAAAGCUAACGAUGCUAACACAGCUGGUAUCAAAAGUGUGGUUUUAUACUUAAGUGAGGAAGAGGAGGAGAAGAGUAGCAGGUUUAUGGAUUUAUGAAUGUUUAUAAAUAUAAAAAAUGAAUGUAUUCAGAUAGGGGGACCUUAAACUCCCUGUCUUAUUAUCGUACUUCAGAGUAUCUCUCGUUCAUCUUCAAGACACUGUUUACACGUGUGAAGACCAUUUUUGUAACAAUCUGCUCUUUUGUCUUUUGUAAAGAUGUAACAACCUUAUGUCUGGUCAUGUGACUUGCGGUUAAUGCUUGAAAGAAAAGAUGAAAAGAAAAAAAAAACCCUGAGAAACCACAAAAAAUGAAAGAAAGCAGACUGCAAAUCCUGAAAAUACUUUGCACAUAUUUAUAUUUAUAAAUCAUUUCAUAAUUUAUAAUAAAAAGCACUAUUUUUAUAAAAAUGAAA